AUGGAAAGUAUUGCCAGAGAUUAUAGUCAUUCUCUGCCAAAGCUGGGCUAUAUAAUUCCUCCCUAUAAAGCUUGGAGGGACUCCCAUGCAGCUGCCUAUUUCACAACCAAGCCUGUACCUCCUUUGCUCCAAAGAACAGGACAAGCAAACGGAGGAACAUCAGGUUAUGGUAAAAUGGCAGAGUAUUUCCAGUUCAGCAGUGCAGCUGCCCUUUAUCUGAUACUCAGGAACAAAGCUGGUGCAGCUUUCCCUCAGGUCAUUCUGCAACACUUGUGGAUGGUCACCUCCAGAGUCAAGCCUCUGGUUGGAUACAACGGCACCUACAGUUACAGAAGAAACACUCCAUCUUUGUGCAGGCAGCCUUCACUGUUUCGGCUAGUCGCCAACUUGCCAAUUCACUAA